AGAAACCCUACUACUCUCCAGUCUCCACUCCAUAUGAUUUGAGAGACUGAGGAGCGAUGUCUAACGUAACCGUCUGUGCGCGAUUCAGGCCACGAAGCUCUAAAGAGAUGCGCGAUCCCAGCAGAGAUGGUGUUUGUGCUCGACCCAUCGACGCUGAAACCUUCGUUUUCCAAGAUGACAAGGAAGAUGAAUUUACAUUUAGCCUUGAUAGAGUUUUUUAUGAGGACUCUACCCAAGCUGCGCUUUAUGACUUUCUGGCUCUCCCCAUCAUGAGAGACGCUGUAAAUGGUAUCAACGGAACAAUUAUCACUUAUGGACAGACAGGGGCUGGGAAGACAUAUUCCAUGGAGGGACCAGGCAUCCACGACUGUGAUGACCACAAUAAAGGACUACUUCCAAGAGUGGUCCAUGGGAUGUUUGAGCAAAUCAGCUCUUCCAAUGAUUUUGCAAGAUACACUGUUCAAUUGUCUAUGGUUGAGAUCUACAUGGAGAAAGUCAGGGACCUAUUAGACUUAUCAAAAGCAAACAUACAGAUCAAGGAGAACAAAACACAAGGAAUUCUCUUGUCAGGCGUUACAGAGGUGCCUGUAUCAGAUUCGGCGGAGGCAUUACAACAUCUAUGCACCGGUUUAGCAAACCGCGCAGUUGGAGAAACCCAAAUGAAUAUGUCCAGCAGUAGAAGCCACUGCGCCUACUUGUUCACAAUCCAGCAGGAUUCAGUUAAAGAUAAGAGGGUAAAAACAGGAAAACUGAUUCUUGUCGACCUGGCUGGCUCAGAGAAAGCAGACAAAACUGGAGCAGAAGGUAGGGUUCUUGAAGAAGCGAAGACGAUCAAUAAAUCGCUCUCAGCCUUGGGGAACGUGAUAAACGCUCUCACAAGUGGGUCAUCUAGCAAAGCGAAUCACAUACCAUAUCGUGACUCCAAGCUUACUCGCAUCUUACAGGAUGCCCUGGGUGGGAAUUCUCGAAUGGCACUGCUUUGCUGUUGCUCACCAAGCACUUUAAAUGCAUCUGAGACGCUCUCAACCCUCAGGUUUGGCAUGAGGGCAAAACACAUAAAAGCAUCACCACGUGCCAGUGAAGUGAAAUCUGCGCAGGCACAGGAGGAACCCUCCUUGAUAACCAAAGAUGAAAAAUGUGGGAGGAUCCUAGAGAAGAUGAAAGAGAGGAUGAGCAACGAAGACAUCAAGAUGCUAGAAGAAGUGUUUAUACAGGAAGGGAUCAUUUUCAGCCUAGAUUCUAUGGAAGAAGUGGAAACCGCAUACGAAGAUAUUGUAUCAAAAACUAUACAAUCCUUACAGCAGGCUGUUGAUGAACUCCAACUGAAAGUCAAAAAGUUAGAAGCAGAAAACAUGGGCAUUCAGGUACAAGCAUUGUGCAAUCACGAACCUGGUCCGGUUGGAAAGAUGUCAAGGUUCAUCAGUUCUUGGUAUGCAUCGUUCUUUGCGUCCUAAAGAUGAUAAUAUGAAUAUACUAUCUUGGUAAUG